GUCUGUCCUUCCUCCGCCGUCUCCUCUUUCCCCGCCUGCAUCCCCGGGGGCAGAGUGUGGGAAGAACGAAUUUCCGCCCGGUUUGUUCGCCACUCGCCGACUUGGGUCCCUUCCGGACGCAGCCUGCGCACCCCGGCUCCUCCCCCGGCUGUUCCACGGAGGCCGCGCUCCGGGUCCGGGACCCAGAGAGAGGAGGCGCGGGCUGCGGGGGCCGAGCCGCCCGCCGGGGCGCAGCAGCCAAGCCGCGCCCCAGCAGCUCUUGGAAGGACUCCCGCCUGCCUGCAGCUGGGGAAUCCACUCGGCGGGGAGAAUCCGUGCCAGGGAAUCCAGCUCUCCGGACUCGGGCUGCAAACAAAAAGCUCGGUUCUUGUUCCCCCCUCCGUCCCACUACGCGCACCCGGAGAGUUUUCUGCAGAGAUGCAACAAGUAGCACCCGCCGCUCGCAGAGCGCCCUGACUGCGCUGGACGAAGCAAGCCUGCAGAGACCCGGCCAGACACCGGACAAAGGGCGGAGGAGGGGUUGGACCGCGCAGCGGAGUCCCUAACGAGGCCAUUUAGUGACUCUGGCCAGGCCAAGGGGAAUGCAGAGACACAGAGCCGGCGGGCCAAGAGGACGAUCCGGCAGCUGCACGCAGGGCGGGCGGCAAUGGAGGCUGCCCGCGCCGUGCGCUUCCUGCUCGUGGUGUGCGGCUGCCUCGCGCUGCCGCCCUGGGCCCAGCCCGUGUGCCCGGAGCGCUGCGACUGCCAGCACCCCCAGCACCUCCUGUGCACCAACAGGGGGCUCCGCGCCGUGCCCAAGACCAGCUCACUGCCGAGCCCGCAGGACGUGCUCACCUACAGCCUAGGCGGCAACUUCAUAACCAACAUCACGGCCUUCGACUUCCACCGCCUGGGGCAGCUCAGACGGCUGGACCUGCAGUACAACCAGAUCCGCUCUCUACACCCCAAGACGUUCGAAAAGCUCUCGCGACUGGAGGAGCUCUACCUGGGGAACAACCUCCUGCAGGCGCUCGCCCCGGGCACACUGGCCCCGCUGCGCAAACUGCGCAUCCUCUACGCCAACGGGAACGAGAUCAGCCGCCUGAGUCGAGGCUCCUUCGAGGGCCUGGAGAGUCUGGUCAAGCUGCGGCUGGACGGGAACGCCCUGGGGGCGCUGCCGGACGCGGUCUUCGCCCCUUUGGGCAACUUGCUCUACCUACAUCUGGAGUCCAACCGGAUCCGCUUUCUGGGCAAGAACGCCUUCGCCCAGCUGGGCAAGCUGCGCUUUCUCAACCUCUCAGCCAACGAGCUGCAGCCCUCGCUGCGCCAUGCGGCCACCUUCGCCCCGCUGCGCUCCCUCUCCACCCUCAUCCUCUCGGCCAACGGCCUGCAGCACCUGGGGCCCCGCGUCUUCCAGCACCUGCCCCGCCUCGGCCUGCUCUCCCUCAGGGGCAACCAGCUCUCGAACCUCGCACCAGAGGCCUUUUGGGGGCUGGGGGCCCUGCGGGAGCUGCGCCUGGAGAGCAAUCGGUUGAGCCAGCUGCCCGCGGCGCUGCUGGAACCUCUGCACAGCCUGGAGGCGCUGGACCUGAGCGGCAACGAGCUGUCCGCCCUGCACCCCACUACCUUUGCCCAUCUGGGCCGGCUGCGCGAACUCAGCCUACGCGACAACGCGCUCAGCGCCCUCUCGGGGGACAUCUUCGCCGCCAGCCCAGCCCUCUACCGGCUGGACCUAGACGGCAACGGCUGGACCUGCGACUGCCGGCUGCGGGGCCUGAAGCGCUGGAUGGGCAACUGGCACUCGCAAGGCCGGCUUCUCACCGUCUUUGUGCAGUGCCGCCACCCCCCGGCCCUGCGGGGCAAGUAUCUGGAUUACCUGGACGACCAGCAACUGCAGAACGGGUCUUGCGCCGAUCCCCCUCCCUCGGUUUCCCCGACCGGCGAGGCCAAGCGGCGGCCCUUUCCCACAGCCACGAGGGAGAAGAUGGUGCCCCCUGCCGGUGGCCUCGCGAAGGAGCUGCCGCCAGAACCGCAGCUGCAGCCACAGCAGUGGGAGAGAUUACCGCCCGGGGCGCCCUGGGAUGGGGAGCUCUUGGGCAACCGCAGCGUCUUGAGGCUGAGCCCAUGGGGUCCAGGCCUCCAGCAGCCGGGCCCCUCCGCCGCUGCUGUGGCGGGCCCGGCGCCACACCCCCUGGACCUGCAGGAGAAGCCCCAGGGGGGACGUCCGUCGCCGGCCGAUCCAGCCCACACGGAGCCCACCCUGCCCGGCACGGCAGCCUCUGCGCCGCCGCCCGCUGGCGACCUCUGGCAGCGCGCCGCGCAGCAGCGCCUCUUCCCGCAGCAGCAGGAGAGCGCCGCCCAGGCCGACGGCGGGGCCGUCCUGCCGCCGCUGGUGUCCGACCCGUGCGACUUCAACAAGCUCAUCCUGUGCAACCUGACGGUGGAGGCGGUGGGGGCCGACAGCGCGUCGGUGCGCUGGGCGGUGCGCGAGCACCGCAGCCCCCGGCCGCUGGGCGGCGCGCGCUUCCGCCUGCUCUUCGACCGCUUCGGCCAGCAGCCCAAGUUCCACCGCUUCGUCUACCUGCCCGAGCGCAGCGACUCGGCCACGCUGCGCGAGCUGCGCGGGGACACCCCCUAUCUGGUGUGUGUGGAGGGCGUGCUGGGCGGCCGGGUCUGCCCCGUGGCCCCCCGGGACCACUGCGCCGGGCUGGUCACCCUGCCGGAGCCUGGGGGCCGGAGCGGCGUCGACUACCAGCUGCUGACCUUGGCCCUGCUGGCCGUCAACGCGCUGCUCGUGCUGCUGGCCUUGGCGGCCUGGGCGUCGCGCUGGCUGCGCAGGAAGCUGCGGGCCAGGAGAAAGGGCGGGGCCCCCGUCCACGUUCGCCACAUGUACUCCACCCGGCGGCCCCUGCGCUCCAUGGGCACCGGCGUGUCGGCCGACUUCUCCGGGUUCCAGUCGCACCGGCCGCGCACCACCGUGUGCGCGCUCAGCGAGGCGGACCUCAUCGAGUUCCCCUGCGACCGCUUCAUGGACAGCGCGGGCAGCGGCGCGGGCGGCAGCCUGAGGCGGGAGGACCAUCUCCUGCAGCGAUUUGCCGACUAGAGCCAGGGCCUCCAGGGUGCGGAGACCAUCUCAUUGGCCUUGAGGAGCCCUCUCUCUUUGGCGCCCUUCAACCCACCUCAGGGGAAGAUCUCAUUCCAUCAGACCGUCUCCUUUUGUGCAUUUGGCCAGGGAGGCCAAAGAGGCCAGUUCAGCACUGCUCCCCUGCCCCCCAAUUCCCAAUACUCAUAAAAUAAAUGGGUGGUACUUGGUGGUCAAGACCAAGAGUAGGGGACGCAUGGAUAGUGGGGUACAGAGGUGGGAAGCCUUCUGUACAUGGAGACCGUGGCACAGCUAUGAGAUUGGUUUUGGUGGCAUGGCAGAACAAUAGCCUCACCCCCUUGCGGGUAGGAAAGGGGGCUUGUGCCCCCAGCAUGGCCAGGUUUGGAGAUUUGGAGACUGAAUACUUUUUUACUUGUUCAGUGUCAAAAAGAGGUGUUUUGUGUUCUAUUUAAGGAAGAAGGAACUUAUUACCAUGGCAAAGGAGGCUUGGCAGAAUUACCACUGGUCUGGAGGUUUGUGCCAAGAAGGAUGAUGUCAGCAGGUGGUAAAGUUUAACACACUCACCCAGGGGGAACUCCUUGAUGGUGGAUAACUUGACCUUUAAAUAAUCAGAGACGCUACUUUUUUUUUUUUCAACAAUGUGAAGAGCUCUGACAUUUAACAAACUGACAAACUCAAGGACUAUUUUAGAUGAGCCAGGCGGCUCAACAGUUUUCUUUUUUUUAACGUGAACAUCACAAGAAGGUUCGCUGACCUUGGGGUUAACUGAGAUGACACACUUUCUCUGGAGAAGGCUGCGUCCAAGACUUCUCCGUCAGGGUUGCUCCUGUGGCUUUUUUAAUUUUAUUUUUUUAAACCCAUAGAUGGAAGAGGAAACGUCAAUGCCAGACUUGAUCAACGAAAUGUAAUGCGUAGGUCACAGGUGGCCCCGUAGGGAAGGCCAGUGUUCUAGUUUGCUUACCACAUCGCUGACAGUGUGUGUGGGUUGGGGAGAAUGCCAUGUGCUACUUCUCAUGUUUUUAUCAGUGACAUGCAAUUGAUUGUGUCCUACUGGCCUUGAGUUGCACAGUUUAGUGUUAAAGGACAUUUCCUACUAGGGGAGCAAAAGGUGAUUGUGUAUGUUUGGUCACAUUAAUGUCUUACUCUAUAGGAAAUAGUAGAAGGGAAGAAAUUAUUGGGAAAAUGUGAAAAAAUGGACAUCGGUGGUGGUUUUUCUACGAAAACCAGAAGAUUGUUACGAGUACUUAAACCUCACUGUGAAAUAAUUCUUUUUGCAAGUUAGUCCCUCCAUGACCCUGUGUUUUACUGUGUUAUUAAAUCUUAUCUUGUAGUUGAUAAUUGCAGUCUUUCUUUUCCAUGCUUUUGUGUUAAACUUAGGGUUAGGUUCCUUUAUUUGCUCUGUUGUUUUCAACUGUUCGAGAUACUUUCGUUCCCUGAUAUUUAUGAAGGACAUGUUUAUCACUACAUGUAGUGCUUCGGUUUACAUGAAUGAUUGCGUGUGUGGCCUACAAGUGUCGUCACUAAGAAGGUGUGCCUGGUUACAUUCACUGUGGUUAUGGUUCUUGGGCAGUGGGGUGUUGUGGAGGCCACAACAUUGGUGCUAAGGCUAACAGUGCAUCCUCUGUUGAGGGCCUUAAGCCCCUGAGGGUCCUAAUGACUCAGGGAAUCGAUCACAGUCCAGGGGUCCUUCACCUCCCUGCCCCUCUCCAUUCCUUUUAUGUGUGGCCUCCGCCAAGCCAGGCCUGCCCUUGUCCCCACCGCUGAGCAGAGACCCAGGGAUCUAAAUGAACUGAUCUUUGUUUAUGUUCAGAUGAAUCAAUGUCCAGACCACUUAAAGUACAGCUGCUUUCCUGGCAGUCUUAUCUGUGGGGCCAAAACUUAAUAAACCACAGGAAAUAGACUGUCAUUCUGAGUUUGCUGCCAGAGCUUGUUUCCGACUCUGAGCUUGCUGGCACCGGGAAGAGGUGCAGUUGUUGGCUUUUCCUGGCAACCCCUGGGCUGUCCUGCACCUUUUCUGCUCCCGGCUUUGUUCAUUCAUCGAGCAGUUGCAUCUCUUAGCUGCUGCUUUGGCACAGCUGUGUAGUGCUGAUUCCCAUGGAAAGUAUGCAAAGGACCUCUUGUUUUCUGACGACCCACCCGGUCAACAGCAGAACGUCACUGAACAUGCUUAAUGCCUGGAUCUAUGUACAGGCAGUUUCACUGAAGGUCUUUCAGUGGGAAAUGAAUAAAUGCUAUCCAUUGUUAUGUUCAGUUACGUCAAUAA